GUGCAGUUUGUUGAUCCGACUGCCACUGCUGGCGCUUGGCGCCGUGGUGGCAAGCCUGGUGCAAGCAAGAACACCACUGGCGCCACCAAGCCCUUGGACGGUCAGCAGGUCGAGGCCUUCGCCGCCAUGUCUGAGGAGCACUACGCCAACGCCGCGCUGCUGCUCACCCACAGCCAGCGCGCCCAAGUGGCAGCUGUGCGGGCCCAGCGCAGUGGUGACCCGCAUGCGCUGUCCAAGGCCGCACAGCAGGAGCACGGGCAGCUCAAGACCAAGUUGGCCGCUAUUGACAACAAGUUGCCCAAGGCAGCUGACCGUUCGAAGCAGGCCUGGACUCAGAUCGCAGGCGAUGUGCCACAAGGUGAAGCUGAAUCACCUGAACGUAUUUUGUUCCAGCGUUUCCAACAGCUCGACCCCAGCCUGGCAAUGCAGUUCAGUCAGUUGCUCACCGCCAAGACGCGGGUCGAACACCAGCAAGCUGCUCAGCGCGCUGCCGCCGCGCCGCCGACUGACAUGGCGACCCUCGUGCUUCCAGGUGACACGGCCAGAGCAGCUCCAGUUCAACUGGUGUCUGAUCAAGAGAGUGAGGCCGACACGCCACGCGCUGAUGAUGACAUGGACUUCGACGACAGCUGGGCUGACGAGGCGCGCAAGGCGGCAUCCGUCGAGCACAGCAUCAUUGCGCCCCUGUCCAACGCUACCAUGGUUGACACCAUCGCCUCGCGCAGCGGCGCCCAGCCUGAGCAGGUGCAGACAGCACUCAGCGACGUGCUCGCCAGUGCAGGGCGCUCUGUCAGGCGGGCUUGCACACCGGCCGUGGUGCCCGAGCGUAG